GGCAGAAGGGCGUGGGCAGGGUUCAGAGAGGGUGAGUAGCCCAGAGUGACUCCAGGCCGGUGCUCCCGGGACGUUUGCUGAGCACCGCCUGUGCCGGGCGCCCUCUCCUGAAAUUUCUGCGCACUCUGCAGUUUAACUCUCACAGCUGCCCUGAGAGGUGCCCCCAUCCUGCAGACAGGAAACUGAGACACAGAAAGGCCCAGGUGUCACCUGCGCCCAGAGGGAGGACCCGCCAGCCUUGAGUGGAGAGGUUUGCAGAGGAGGUUCGGGAAGGCAGCCGUGGAAGCUGGGGACAGGCUUGCCUUCUGCUAAGGAAGCCUGUGCUGCCCCUGUGUGUGCGUCUGGGGUGGGGUCCUCGGUGAAACCUCCAGAGGAUGAAGCAGGGGGACGCUGGGAAAAUCCUCUCUGAGCCCGCCCUUCGGACACACACGCUGCCCUGCAGCGCCCUCUGCUGACAGAUCCUAGUAUCGCCUCCAUGCCUCGCUCCAGGCAACUCGGAGGUCCUAGGGCUCCAGAGGCCGCGGGCACGAUGCUGCGGGUCCUGGUGGGGGCUGUCCUGCCCGUCAUGGUGCUGGCUGCGCCUCCGCCCAUCAACAAGCUGGCCCUGUUCCCGGAUAAGAGCGCCUGGUGUGAGGCGAAGAACAUCACCCAGAUUGUGGGCCACAGCGGCUGUGAAGCGAAGUCCAUCCAGAACAGGGCCUGCCUGGGACAGUGCUUCAGCUACAGCGUCCCCAACACCUUCCCGCAGUCGACGGAGUCCCUGGUGCACUGCGACUCCUGCAUGCCGGCCCAGUCCAUGUGGGAGAUUGUGACCUUGGAGUGCCCCGGCCACGAGGAGGUGCCCCGGGUGGACAAGCUGGUGGAGAAGAUCCUGCAUUGCAGCUGCCAGGCGUGCGGCAAGGAGCCCAGCCACGAGGGGCUGAGCGUCUACGUGCAGGCGGAGGACACGCAGGGCACCCAGCCUGGCGCCCACGCCCACCCCCAUCCCGGCGGGCAGGCCCCCGAGCCCGAGGACCCCCCCGGGGCCCCCCACGCCGAGGAAGAGGGGGCUGAGGACUGAGGCCCCCCGAGUCUUCCUCCCCUCCCGCUCCCUGUGGAAUGUGGGGGUCUCGCCCUCCCGGGGAAGAGCUGGGGGGAGAGGCUGAAGCCCCACCUUUGGCACUGGUCGGACUUGGAUUCAGACUUGGACUUGGAACGCUUCCCGGUUGCCAUGGAGAUCUGAAGGGGGUGGGGCUGGGGCCAAGCUGCCCAAUUUAAUAUAUUGCAGAGUGGGGGGCAGGGGUGGAGAUCUUCAGGGCUCUUUUUCGGGGCGGGGCGGGAGAGCUCUUUUCCUGACCGCCUCUGAGAUAUAUGCCCUUGGUUGGUGGGGAGAGGGGUCGUGGGCUAGGCUGCUGAGUUGGCGAAGCCAUCCAAACUGUGCCAAGGCCCACCCCCCACCCCCGGCCCCCAGAGCAGCAUCUCCUGGUGGCACUGAGGUGGCCCUCCUGUCCUUGGGAGUCAGGCCUGGGCAGGCCCCCGCUGACUCCUGGCCCUGGGGCGGGGAGCCAGGCUCGCUGGUUUCCUCGGCUUCCCUGGGGGUGGCGGGAGGCAGGGGUGGAGGGGCCUUCUGGGCUGGGGGGAGGGGAUGACUCCGUCCAUCAGACAGCACCCCUCCCCCCCUCCCCCCCAGAUCUCAGUGCCCUACUCCCUGUUCCAGGCCCCUCGGAGUUGAUGGAGCCAGCCUCCCCCUCUUGGGGAACUCUCUCUGCACAUCUGAUGGUGGGCAGGGGUCUCCCUUACCCAGAGGGUUCCCAGGACAGACGUGGUGGGGUGUGGACUCGGGGUGAGCCUCAAGAAAGGAAGGAGAGGAGGCGCGAGGGCUGGUGGGGCGCCCGUGGCCCCCGAGGUGCUCCAGCGGCCGGCCCCGCCCCCGCCUCCCAGCUGCACUUUAGCCCCAGAGGGGGCGGGGGUCCCGGGGUGGGGGCUGGCAGGCGGGAAGGGAGGAACCCCCCUCAGCACCCACAGCUGCCUGCAUCCGCUCUUCUGCCCCAGGGCCCCUGCCGGCCCCCCAGCCCCCUGCCAGGGGGAGCCCCGGCCCUCACGGCUGACCCGACAAGAGCUUCUGGAGCUUGUAACCAGUAGACUGUCUCCCCGAGGGACCCUGAGUUUUCUCGUGAAUAAAUUCCUUCAACGCC